UAUUCUGCGCUCUGUCACACUCAAGACAAGAGCGCUCUGAAAUCCGAGUAGAUAGCCGGAGUGAAUUUGGAAACCUUAAUAAACUUGGUUUUGGAUUUCUCCCUGACCAAGAUGGCUGCCAUUUUCGACCCAUAACAGAACUUUGAGAGUUUAUGACACAGCCGAUCGUAUGGUGAAACUAGAGCGCUUAGCAGGAUAGAGUUCAUUCCCAAUAACACUUCUCUGGAAUUUACAUUUAUAUCGGCCAGGUUCGAGAGAGAGGUGAUCGAAUUUGACUGACUUCUGGAUCGGGGCGCUGGUCACAGGUGGUCCAGGAUGAAUAAGCUACGGCAGAGUUUCCGGCGGAAGAAAGACGUGUACGUUCCUGAGUCCAGCCGACCGCACCAGUGGCAGACGGACGAGGAGGCGGUCCGCAGCGGAAAGUGCAGCUUCGCAGUCAAGUACCUGGGCCAUGUAGAGGUGGAGGAGUCCAGAGGAAUGCACAUCUGUGAGGGCGCAGUGAAGCGUCUCAAGACGGACAGGACAUUCUUCAAGGGCUUCUUUACAAAAGCAGGGAAGAAGGCAGUGAGAGCGGUGCUGUGGGUCUCAGCAGACGGUCUCCGUGUAGUAGAUGACAAAACUAAGGACCUGAUCCUAGACCAGACAAUAGAGAAAGUAUCGUUCUGCGCUCCGGACAGGAACUUUGAGAGAGCGUUCUCCUACAUCUGUAGAGAUGGAACUACUAGACGCUGGAUCUGCCACUGCUUCAUGGCUAUCAAGGACUCGGGAGAGCGUCUGAGCCACUCAGUGGGCUGUGCCUUCGCUGCCUGUCUGGAGAGGAAACAGAGGAGAGAGAAGGAGUGUGGUGUCACGGCAACCUUCGACUCCAACAGAACCACAUUCACCAGGGAGGGCUCGUUCCGAGUUACCACGGCGACGGAAGCCGCUGAGCGAGAGGAGGUCAUGAGGCAGUUACAGGACAAGAAAGCAGAGGGCGAUGUCAGGCCCUCCAUCGCUCUCUCCUCAGGCCCCAGCGAGGGUGUGGUGAACCAGGCUGUGGCCCCUCUACCAGGGCCACCGUCCCCCUCCUCCUCUCCUCCCCAGGGCCCCCAGGUUAUCCCCCGCAGACACGCCCCAGUGGAGGUCCUGGCCAGACAGGGUUCCUUCAGAGGGUUCCCUGCCCUCAACAAUAACUCUUCUCCCUUCAAACGCCAGCUGUCCCUCAGGAUGAACGAUCUGCCCUCUACCAUGCAGAGGAGUUCUGACUUCUCCAUGAAGAACACAGUCCCAGAGAUGGAGGGAGAGGGGGACAGCAUCAGCUCGUUGUGUACCCAGAUCGCCUCAGCCUUCAGUGGGCCUCCUGAAGACCCCUUCUCCCAGGCCCCCAUGCCCCGACCAACCUCCUCCCCACAGUCACCUGUAGCGCCCCCGGGGGCUCAGUCAGUAGGUCCUAACUCUCCAGCACUGCCCCCUCCACUUCCUGCCCGAGACACUAACCCCUGGGCCAAGACUCCUGGCCACGCAGGGCACCAUACACCCCCGACCUCGUCCUCAGCACACCCAGGAGGUGAUUGGACGACCCCAGUGAUAGUAGCUCCUCCCUCCGCCACAUCGUCUCCUUCUCACCACUCCCACCGCCGCACGCCGUCGGAGGCUGACCGCUGGCUCGAGGAGGUCACCAAGUCUGUCCGCACUCCGCAACUCGGGUCCACACCCCCCUCCCAACCGUUCCUCACCCCCAACCCCCCAGCCUUCUCCAUCCCCCCAAGCCAGGCUUUCAUUGUCCCCAUGCCUUCCACCCAGGCCUUCCCUGCCACACUACCCCCUAACCAGGCCUUCCCUGCCACACUACCCCCUAACCAGGCCUUCCCUGCCACACUACCCCCUAACCAGGCCUUCCCUGCUACACUACCCUCUAACCAGGCCUUCCCUGCCACACUACCCCCUAACCAGGCCUUCCCUGCUACACUACCCCCUAACCAGGCCUUCCCUGCCACACUACCCCCUAACCAGGCCUUCCCUGCUACACUACCCUCUAACCAGGCCUUCCCUGCCACACUACCCCCUAACCAGGCCUUCCCUGCUACACUACCCCCUAACCAGGCCUUCCCUGCCACACUACCCCCUAACCAGGCCUUCCCUGCUACACUACCCCCUAACCAGGCCUUCCCUGCUACACUACCCCCUAACCAGGCCUUCCCUGCUACACUACCCUCUAACCAGGCCUUCCCUGCUACACUACCCUCUAACCAGGCCUUCCCUGCUACACUACCCCCUAACCAGGCCUUCCCUGCUACACUACCCCCUAACCAGGCCUUCCCUGCUACACUACCCCCUAACCAGGCCUUCCCUGCUACACUACCCUCUAACCAGGCCUUCCCUGCUACACUACCCCCUUCCCAGGCCUUCUCCACACCCCCUUCCCAGGCCUUCUCCACACCCCCUUCCCAGGCGUUUGCUGUACCCACCCCCCCAACCCAGGAAGUUGCCUCUGUGGCCUUCAUGUCCUCCCUGCCCCCUGCGAUUCCCGUGCUGCCCCCUCGCCAGCCUGCCUACCACACCCAGGUCCCAGCCUCCUACCCCAUGUCCAACGGGCUGCCCUAUGGCCAUCCCAGUGUGCCCGUGAUGGGCAUCACACCCUCUCAGAUGGUGGCCAAUGUGUUUGGUUCAGCCACUCAGCCCCAGGCGUACCCCACCCCCCAGUAUGACCCUGUUCAGCACACUGUGUGUAUCCCCUUCAGUAACCCCCACCAGCAGCCCCUUCCCUUCCAGGCACCCAAUGGGAGUGUAGCCUUCAACGGGGGUGGGGCCGACAGCUGGGCCCCUCCCUCCCUGCCCCCGCCGUCCUCCCCGGCCCCUCCCCUGCCCCCGCAACCCCUGGCGACGGCCGAUCCCUUCGAGGCCAAGUGGGCCGCCCUGGAGAGCCGCUCCCGCCAGCGCACCACGCCGUCGCCCACUAACCCCUUCUCCUCCGAGCUGCACAAGACCUUUGAGAUCCAACUCUAGAGCCUGAGAAGCUAGGAGGAGGAGGUGGACUGAGGAGGAGGAGGAGGAGGUGGACUGGGACUGAGGAGGAGGAGGUGGACUGGGACUGAGGAGGAGGAGGUGGACUGGGACUGAGGAGGAGGAGGUGGACUGGGACUGAGGAGGAGGUGAUGGGGAGAGGAUACUUUUUUAAUGAAUUUGCAGGAUGGUGAGAGACGGAAGAGGAGCAGACUAGCCUUUCUCUCAGUCUCUACAUCCGCCUGGAUUGGCUUAGUGGAGGACCUGAGUGGAGGAGAUGGAUGGGUGGAGCUCUCAGCGGGGAUGAAGGAUGGAAACAGGAAGGAGACAUGGAUGGGUGGAGCUAUCAGCAGGGAUGAAGGAUGGAAACAGGAAGGAGACAUGGAGGUGCUGCUGCUUACCAGACAUUUAAUUUGUAUUGUGGGUUUAGUUGUGUUGUUGCUUUGGAUGACAUGGAAGUGGACAUGAUGACCCUGUGGAGUGGUAGAUCUGAGACCACACAGCCCCAACCCCCAGCCCCGACCCCCAGCCCCAGCCCCGAGCCCCAGC